AUGCUGCAAGAUUUCAGGCUCCUCUCCAUGAAUACACUCGGGGUGCUAAUGUUAAAGGCUCUCACCCCGUCGCCUGGACACCUGAGGGCGAUACCGCCUACCAAUAUCGCCGAUCGUCUGAGGAAUCACUUCGCCGAUCUCGCUCCUCAACCCGUCGCCCGUCAUGGCCAGAGGAAGAUUUUCUUCUUUAAGGAGCUCGCAAACUGCUCACACGUCCGCGUUCGUCGCGACGUUCCCCAUCACGCCUUCACGUCCCAAUACGAGGGACCACACCAAGUAAUAUCGAGCCACGAGAAACAUUUCGUCAUUCGAAUUAGAGGCGAAAAUACCGUAGUCUCCAUCGACCGUCUCAAACCCGUUUUCUCGCUCCCAGUCGACAAGCACAAUAAUGACGACGAAGCUAACGACGAUUCCGACGACAGCAAUACGACGCCGACUGCAGAACCUUCACCGGUGUCACCGCAACCGGGAACAUCUUGA